UCCAUGUGCACAUGUUUUCGUGCGUGCUGCAGCAAAAGUGUGCUAACUAUUGUUUUGUUUCGUUUCGUUUCAAAGUAAAGAAAAACCAUCCCAGCUGGCCAUGAUGAGAAAAAAACCUACUACUCUAUCGGACAAGUUAAACAAGCUUUUUGCACCGGAAGAACACUCAGAAGAGUCUGGUGAUGAAACUGCACCCAAGUUCAGUGAAUUUGAUGAAACACCGGACGAUGCUGGUAAGAAUGCGGCCUUAAGUGAAUUCCGCAAGCGAAACAUUCGAUUUCUGGAAGAUUUUGACCGGAAGUAUAAAGGAACCGUCUCAUCGCGAAGUGAAACGUUCAACGAUGAAGACGUCGAAGAGGAGGAGUCUAACGAGAACUCCGACGAGGCGGAGGAUGAUUUUGAUGGAGAUGAAGAUAGUGAAGAGGAAGAGAAUGAAGAGGAGGAUGAUGAUGAUGGUGAUGAUGGAGAAGAUCCAAAUAUUUAUCGAACUCGCAAACCAAAAUCGCUUGUACUUCUGAAACCGCAUUACAGCGACGGUGAGAGCGAAGACAAUGUGGACAGUGAUCGGGCUGACGAAGAAGAUUCCGAAGAUUCGACAGACGAUGAUCGAGAAUCUUUGACAAUGAACACGGAUAGAAGUAAGCAAUCAUCCUCGCAACAAUUAACACUGAUUCGAGAAGAGAAUCAUCAGGAAGUGAUUAAUAAAGGGCUAGCGGUACAGAACCAACUUAAAAUUUGGGAACGUUUGCUGGAAAUGCGCAUCAAGGUGCAGCCCUGUUUAAUUGCCUCCAACAGCCUACCACCGUCAUCAUCGAUCUGUCGGAAUCUCGCGUCUGAGAAUGAGCAAUUCCUCCAGAAAUCCGAGCAAGUGACGAAAACCGUUUCGGAAACGAUGGAACAAAUGCUUGAGCUUCAGGAACUGCUACUAUCUCGAUAUUCCGAAACGAAAGACCUACUUAAGGGUGGAUCGAAACGGAAAGCAUCUCUGCUGAAAACUUCCAAUGCGAAACAAAUUGCUCUGGACGGAUACGAGCAGAUACUUGCUAGUCGAUGUAAAGAUAUUGAGGAAUACCGGAACAGCGUGCUAAUGAAAUGGCAUGACCGAACAAACAUUGCUUCCAAGAUGCGUAACAAUCCGAAGCAGUCAUUGUCGGUGUUGAGAAAAAUCGAGGAUAGUCUUAUUAAUCGUGAAGAACUUGUGCGUAAAACGCAACUCUACCGUGGAGGUUAUCAACUGCUGGGAAGGCAGGUUCCGUUGAUGGAAACGGUAACACCAACAGCUGACAAGCGAGAAGACGAACGUGAUGAAACGGAUGAACAGACGACAUCGUCGGUUUUUGAUGGGGAAAUUUUCGAUGACUCCGAUUUUUACCAUCAGAUGCUGAGGGAACUGAUUGAGUACAAAACCAGCACCACCGAUAGUCCACAGGAAAUUGCCAAAAAAAUGGCAGAAUUGCAGAGACUUCGGAACAAGAUGAAGAAAACGGUCGACACAAAAGCAUCGAAGGGUCGGAAGAUACGCUACGUCGUACAUAAUAAGCUGGUUAACUUUAUGGCACCGGUUCCCGAUUACGACUGGACUGAUGAGGCGAAGGAUGAGCUGUAUGGAUCACUCUUCGGACAAACACCAGCCGCGGAAGAGCGAUAGGUGCCGAAAGUGGAAUAUAUAAACUAUACUAAAAUGGAUCCAAAUAUACAUACUAAAAUGGUACGCAUUAAACAUCAUGCAACGGACAACGCCGUAACAUGCAAGAAGCACGUUUUUUUCGCGAUGAAGUCAUACUGUAGUGCAAAACAGGAAGUCGAUGAAACCAGUGUACGUUGUUCAGCUAUUUGUGCAAACCAAAAUAUUGUAUAAGCAAUUGUGAAUUGGUGUCACGCUAAAGUGCCCUUCUUGCACCCUGCGUUCUCUACGUAACAAAUUUGUAAUGGGAUUGUGUUUUUUUAAAUGCUGACUGCGUUAAAGAACAAGCUCUCCCUUACAACAUAGAUAAGCAUGACGGGCGGCGCUGUUCAACUCCCGCGGGAAAUAUAUCACGUGAUGGCAUGGGUCAAUAUGAGCUAAUUAAUUCUUUUGUCGAAUUCUUGAUAAAACCCACUGGACAAUGCGUUGCAAUAUACUUAAAGAGCUAAAUGUAAAAGCUGUCUGAUAUCACGGAACUUCAGAUUUAAUGUUGAAAUAUUUGUUAUAUGACUACUAAGUACCAUCGUAAUUGCAGUUCUCACACAUACUUCAGAGACAAAACACCCUUAUCAUUCGAAUUCUAAUGGACUGGACACGUCACGAUCCAUGGCACCGAACGACUUAAAAAAACUUUUGAAUGCGUUGGAUUUCAUGGACGUUGAUUUAGCCGAUUAUUUUUCAAUCGUUUUAGCAUAUACUUGUACGUAACGGUAAAAGGCUUCUUCGAAU